GGCAAAAUGAGCCUGCUGUCAGCCAUAGAUACCACUGCUUCAGUCUACCAGCCUGCCCAGCUCCUCAACUGGGUCUAUCUUUCCCUGCAAGACACUCAUCAAGCCAGUGCCUUUGAUGCCUUCAGACCAGAGUCCAGCAAUGCCUCCCACCCUGAUCUGAACAGCUACUCCAAGAGCCCCCCAGAUCUCAACUCUUCCAUCCACUCCAGCUAUCUCAGCAACUUCCUGCAGCUCCAGAGGACUGAGGCACUGGGUAACAGCCUUUACAAGAGUGCAUCUCCUUAUGGCUCCUUGAACAACAUCGUGGAUGGGCUGAGCUCUUUAACAGAACACUUCUCAGAAAUCUCACUCUCCACCGAGAACAGAAAACCCAGCAAGCGCCCCCCUCCUAACUACCUGUGCCACCUCUGCUUCAACAAAGGUCAUUACAUCAAGGACUGUCCACAGGCUCGUCCAAAGGGUGAAGGUCUAACCCCAUAUCAAGGCAAGAAACGAUGUUUCGGGGAAUACAAAUGUCCGAAGUGCAAACGGAAAUGGAUGAGUGGGAACUCCUGGGCCAACAUGGGACAAGAGUGUAUAAAGUGCCACAUCAAUGUCUACCCCCAUAAACAGCGACCUUUGGAAAAACCUGACGGUCUUGAUGUGUCUGAUCAAAGUAAGGAGCACCCCCAGCAUUUGUGUGAGAAGUGCAAAGUUCUGGGGUAUUACUGUCGUCGUGUCCAAUAA